AUGGACGCAGGCAGGAAGAAGAAGUGGGUGGCCUGGGCGGUGGCGGCCGCCAUCUUCGUCGUCCUCAUGCUCGUCACGCCCGCCAUCCCGCAGGACGAGGCCUACCACGACUUCGCCGACCAGCGCACCCUCUUCCUAGACUCAAAGCACUCUGACAGUAAUCUUGCUGCCAGCUCGCAGGGGGAGCUCUGGAGUUGGACACUGUUCUUUGUCGGCGCCACUGCUGUUGGAUUUGGUUCUUCCUAUUACCAUCUCAACCCAAAUGAUGCCACGCUAGUUUGGGACAGACUGCCAAUGACGAUUGCUUUCACUUCUGUCAUGGCUAUAUUCAUCAUUGAAAGGGUUGAUGAGAGAGCAGGAUUUUACCUCCUUGCUAAAGUGGAAGAGGCUGCCGACAAACCUAUCUAUAACUGGACUCAUCAGAUUGUUAGUGGUCAUACUCUUAAGCAUCUAUGUGCUGCGAUGGUACCGGUCUUCUUGGCUCUCAUGCUAGCUAAAAGGACUAUUGAACCAGAAAGGGUAAGCUUGCUCCAGAAGUGGAAGAUCAGUUGGGUUACAGUGAGAGAGAGGCGUUCCAAAGAUAGCAGCACAGUUGAUGUGGAUUGCAACUACGCUGCUGUUUCAAAUACUACAUCUGAACAGUAA